GGCGGAGAUGGGCUACCACGCGGUGCCGGAGCUGGAGCGUCUGGCCGACGCGGUGGUGCGUGCGCUCAGCGCCAAGCGGGCCGGCGGCGGAGCAACGGUUGGCGUGGGACGGUCCGCCGCGGACUUUGCGCCGUGGACGAAGGGUGCAGCAGGAGGAGGUUCUUCUACAGUGGAACAAGAUUCCUCUUCGACAGGAGCUGAUGGUACAACUUCUGGUGCAAGCAGUUCACCUUCCAGUUCUGCGAGCGCUGAAUUUGACCCCGACGAGGACCUGGAUAAGAUCACCAACGUCAUCUUUGUGGACAGCCAGAAGCCGAGCGCAGACGCAUUUCCCGGCGCCAGUGACAUGGUGGAAGUGGUGGAAACGGGCGCGUUCGAGGAAGCGCAGCAGGAAAACGCGAAAUCCUUCAUGGAGGGCGGGUUCGAAAAGCCUCUGUUCCACGAGGCGCAGAAGGCAGGUGAGGCGAACGCGGCCUUUUGGAACUCCCUCCCCGGUCUGCUGGACAAGCGCAGCGGCGGGCUGGCCGGGGCGCUCGAAAGCUUCGUCGAGUCGUUUGUCCCUGGCGGUGAAAGUAUAGUUGCAGCUCUACCGCCACCACAGAAAACGAAAACCAGGACGACGGAACAAGAACCGGAGAACAAGGCGGCCGGUGAGAGCAAGGACACGGCAGAAAAAGAUGAGGCCGGUGGGAGCGACACGGCAGCAAACCCGGCUGGUGGUAGCGACACGGGACAAGAACCGGAGAAGGGCGGGGAACCUCCGGAGAAGGGCGGUAGCGACACCGACACGGAGCCAUCCGAUAAGAAGAACGAGGAGUCAGAUGAACCCAGCAGUAGUAGUACACUCGAGGCACGGCCAUCGCCGGCCGCAUGGGCUGCAACAGGAGGAGCGCCAGACGAGUCCGGUAUUGCUGCAACCAUCCAGGAAAAUUGGACGUGCAAGUUUCAGGGCGGGAAGGGUUAUUCACAGAAAAUUAUGAGAUCUGAGGUUUUCGUAAGGAAAUAGUUGAUCGUCAAUUGUGGGAGUUGUCUAUGGUAGUUCGUAAGUCGGGGCUGUGAGCAUCCGGUCACCACACUCACGCUUUAUUUUGAAAAGCGAAUGACACAUUCGCACGGCGACCUUGUCGCCCGGCAUUGUGGCAGCUCCUUUUCGCGUUCGAAAUCUGCACACCAGCAGCUUUUCGUCGCCUUUCGUCGUCUCGGUUCCUUCGUCGUCGAUUAAGGUCCUGUUGGGCAUUGCACAUCCGCGAUGCACACACAGUUCCGAUAAUCUCUGAUAACAUGUCAGAAAGCCAUCGGUUCGUUAUGGACCAUGGUAGCCUUCGGCUGCAGCUGCCACUGUCAUUGGAGCGCACCUUGUGCGCGCCAUGCAUAAGUCUGCAACGCGCCUGUGUUCUUGGCUCCUGUCUGGAUCACUGUCGCGUAUUUCUCCAAGAUCUGUGUUACGUGUCAACUUCGUUGAUCUUGCGUGACUUUGGUUAGUUAUUGCAUCGCGCUGUUACCGAGACCACGCGAUGCCCCUGCUUUCAUCCGGUUCACUGCUUGUAGUUUCCCGUUUGAAAAAGGAUCUCCGCGAAUUACUUUCCCUCUGCCCUGCAGGCGAGAAGACAGAAAUUCGUGUUUGGACACAGAACAAGAUGGCUCUGUCGUUAUCCGCUGCCGAUCUACUGCAGAUGCAGCGUGUCCUCUCCUCGUGUGCCAACGACAUUUCGUUGCACACGCCCGUCUGGUGUGCGUUGGUGUGCGGAAGCCUGUCUUUGGAGACGGUCGCCAACCUCGUCGAAGCUCAUGCUCAGCGCGUACAAGCAGCAGGCCCGCGUGCGUUCACCAUCAUGGAUGAUGAGCACCAAGACCCGCAAAUUGCCAGAGCCAACUGCAUGGCCUACAGCCAGGAACUGCGAGAAUCUAAGUUGCGAACUACAAGCGCUCUGCUGGUAUUAGUUGCGUUUCAUUGUAUCUUAUGCAUGACAUACUGAUGCUUUUUCUCUUGCAUUGCUUUGUAAUGUGCAUUUUCAUCAAUUCUUUCAGGAAACGGUGAGUCGCCUGGCGAUGGGGGCAAAGCCGUCCCAGAGAUUCAAGACGUUACUCUGGGAGUUUCCGACUAUUUUCUUGCCACAGUUCGCCUCCGCCAAGGCCUGGAGCCCGGCCUUCGCCGACUGGUUCUUAGGACAAGCCCCCACCGAACCCGGUGCGGUGAAAUUGUUAUCUGAAAGAUCCGUGGCGUCGAACAUGACAAACGAUACUUUCAAUGAGCCGCUGCAGCGCAAUGAACAGCGCCUGCAGUUGCAAAACGAGAACUAGCCGAAAGCUAGGAUCAGAGCUCUUUAGAUUUCAGACGAACAUGUCUUGUGAUACGAGCUGACGCUAGUAGGUCUUUCUGAGCGCAAAAGUUUGCUCAUUUACGAAAAAGUCCAAUUCAAAAAAGCAUUUGUGAUAGCUCGCGUUUUUCGUUGUUUUAUGAUCGCGUUGCGUUCUACUUUUAUGACGUCCUGUGCACAUGCUUUUUUAUUUUUUCUUUCCUUUUUCGUCUUCCUGUCGUCGUCACACAGAACACGAUCCUCCUACCUCUUCAUUUGUAUUUAUGUGCAAUGUACAGCUUUACUUGAGUGCAACCAGCAUUCGCUCACGAUGUCUCCAAGAUGCGUUAUCUGCUUCUCCGGCACGAUCGCCGAUGCCGAUCGUGAGUUGUUUUGCUCGGAAGCAAGCUGUGCAGCAUUUUCCUGCAUUUGCUCCAACUGCUACAAGACGAUUGGAGGGGUCAUCCUAAUCGACGAGUUCGGCAGCUACGAUUUCCAGACAAAAGUUGGGAAAUGCAAAGCCUGCAAAAGAACGAAGACACUCUCGGACUCCUCGAAAGUCAAGGACAGGAUCGAUCAGCGAGCGGGCACAGCAGACGUCACUCAGCAAGUGACUGCAGCCCACCCGUGGUGCGCAACCUUCGCGGCCACACCGAUCGACCUGAAGGCCAAGUACUACGAAACUCUCAAGCGCCCCCCGGUCAGAAGAUCUCAGAAAAUCGACAAAGACCAAGGCAAGUUCAUGAUGAAGUUGUUCGCCGUGCACCUGGCAACCACCAACGCGGCAGCACAGGCAUAUCUUGUUUUUUCUGGUCAUGUGAUGAUGUGGAUGUUGCAUAUCGGUUUAUUUUGAUUCUACAUUUUGAUCUCACAGAGCUUCAUCGACAGUACCAACCAGCAAGAUAUUCCCAAGCGCAGUUGGAAGAACAUGAUCUUGCCCCCGGCGGGUUCCUUGUACGAGUUGAGGCAAUACCUCCAGACACUGAUAGACCUCUUCCCGAACGAAGAGUGGACUAUCCUGGCCCGGUAUUUCUUAUGGCCAGUGACAUACUACGAACGAAAAUCAGCCGCGUUGACCAAAAACUCGAUCGCGCCCAAGAAGCUACCGCUGAAUUACAAUUACCAAGUGUACGUAUAUCCUGUUUGUUUUGUCCGAUGCUUCCAGACUCUCACUCAUCGUUUGUUCAUCCUUUGUAUUCUGCCAUGCCUUUUGCAUAUUCACGCAUGAGUGAGCUGUUUUGCUAAGUAAUGAUAAAAACAAACUCUCCUCAGAUAUUUCUUCAUCAAAGAAUUCGCGGCCCAGCUCAAAAACAAGUAUACCACAUCUCCAACCGACGAGGGAUUUUACAAUUUAGAAUACGCGGCGGCCAUGACAGCGGCAGCGUGUGAUAAUUUGUGUAAACCAAAUAUCAUUCAACGCAUGAUGCAACUGGGUGGAAAUCUCAUGUCUAUGAUCGGCGGCAACAACAAAAAUCGAGUCCCGGACUUGGGACAGCACCCCGGUGGUGGUGCAAGCUCCGAGCAGCAGAAGAACAAAAUUGCGUGCGACGAAAUCAACGCCAUCAUGAAUAACGCACCCAAAACGACCGCGGGCGGCCUAGGUGCACUGGAGGCUGCGAAUGCGAAGAGUCCCGCGAUUCUGUCUACCUGGAUGUCCCACACGCAGAGCUGCGUCAGCUGCAUCAUGGCAGGCAAAGGACCGGGCAACCACCACAAGGGCGGCCAGCUGGGCUUGAAAGCGUGCGCUGCAGCGGGAAACAUCUGCUGCAUCAAGUGCCCAAAGCCGCAAUGUGGUGGUGAGGCGCACUGGAACAAAGACUGUCCCCUCAAAGGAGGAGGCAAGGGGAGCCAGCAGUUCCAGCAGCAUGGAAGCCAGCAGCAAGGUCUAGGUGGUAAUAUGCUGCGUCCCUUCCCAAAGGCCCCACAGUUUAACAAUCAGGGCGGGAAGGGGGCCGGUUUGAAGCGACAGAAAAACAAUGGUGGAAAAGCUUCAGCUCCAGCGUAUAACAACCCGUUCGGACAAUAAUCAGUCUGCAAAACGUUCCUUACGAAUUUUUUAAAUGAUGAAAUAGAAGUCUCAGCACCAGCCCGCAAAUCUGCACAGGAGGUUACGAGCAGGUCGCAGUGUUCUUCCUUUUUUCUUGUUUUGCGUCUUUUUUGUCCUUUUACGCAGCAGCUGCUUGUUGAGAUCUCCAGAGCGCAUCAGCGACAUGACGCUACACUCUGAGUGAUUUCUGACCAGAGCGAUAAGCCGCUUACGAUUCAGCUUCGUACUUUUACGUCCUGCCGCUUCUUUAGUGCGAAUAGGUUGUAAAUACAAUAAUGAGUAAGUUCAUUGCAAAUAAUGCGUGUCACGAAGCCCUGGGCGAGGACGUCCUGCGGCGCGAGCUACAAAAACUGGCAGAGCAAGCAGCAGUUGCAGCCUCCCUGAAGGAGCUAGCAGGAGCCGACAAGAAGUCAACCACAAAAAGCCACCCACAGUUGAGUGACGCAGCAAGACCAUCACAGCCAUCAAAGCGAAAAGCCCCAGAUUAUUACAAUACCAUCAUGGACGCCGUAGAAACUGAGCUGGUGCAAGUGGAAGACUGGCAUGAGCAGGCACUUGAUGAGUUCAGCGAAAUCAUCCCGGAUUCAGGUUUUGUAACGGCGGUGUCUUCACCAAGCAGCCAGCACAAAUUCGCUUCCUCUGCUUUUCGUUUGGCGGGCAUCCACGAGCACAUGGAGAAACGGAAAGAAGAAGUUAAAAAGCCGCUCGACGCAUUAUUGAAUUUCAAGCCUGUCAGCAGCAGCAGUUCGUCAAGUUCAGCAUCGUCUUUAUCAGUCAACUUCAGCAUGGCUUCGUCGUCGUCGUCCGGGAGCGAUGCCACGUCUGAUUCAGUUGCACUCAUUUCCAGACCGGGCAACGUCAUUCUCUCAACGCCGACUCCGUCGAUCGCGAGCGUGCUACAUUUUUACCAGCAAGCGAAAGGAAAAGCCGUUGUAAAGUGCAAGCCAUUCUGUGAAGACGGAGUGACUUUCGAUUUCGAGAUCAAAGCGUCGAGCAACGGCAUAUUCGACGCGUUCCCGCUAUCGAACCAGGCUGCCGAACUCCUGACCGCAGCCACCGCAGAGCACGCGAGUGCGUCCAUCACGGAUGGCACUUCGAAAGGAUACUCGGCAAUUUUGUCAAAAGUUGUGCCAGCAGUAGCAAAAGAACUUGGGUUCGUUUUAUGGCCCAUAACCUCCGAUGCCGGGGCCACCCUCAUGCUCGUAGCUUUUGCCCACGUCCACGAGAUUCAUAAAGCCUACAAAAACAAAGAGACGAACCGGAUACGGUGGGGCGCCUUCCUGCAGCUAAGCGCCGCAUUGAACGCCUUCAAUGCCUCCCGGGUAGAGCUCAGUGGGUACACGACGAAGAACAGAGGAGCCUUUUUCCAGAAGCUGUGGAAAGGGUAAUGCUCUUUCUUACUGCUCGAGAAUUUUUUUCUUACUACUGCCACAAUUAUUUGCGCCAUAUAAUCAUUUCCAUAUGGAUAUACCAUAAUGUUAACAUUCUCAGGCUCAAGAAAGAAGCACACCAUGGUGCCCCGCUCGACGCAAAAUGGUGUCCCUCCACGACCGAGAUGCUGGAUGCGUACCACGCAGAAUGGGAUCACUGGUCACAACACCAUGGACACCUCCUCAAGGCAGACAAGGAAUGGUCCAAGCGUGCAGUUCUCAACAUGUCACCAUCAGACAUCAGUUUAGUAAUGCGGUUGCAGAAGCUGACGAUGGUAAUUGUCGCUUUCUUCUGUGUAAGAAGAAGCGACGAAUUGCGCGAGCUGAGGGCGAAGGAUGUUACUGUAACAUGCACAAGCGGCAUCUCGCCCCAAUUUGCAACUUUUGUAGCGCACGCAAAAAGCGACCAGUUGUCUCAGGGCUCAGAAGCCUGGGCACCAUCAUACUUCACGACCCUCUUAGGAGCUUGCCAAAGGUUCGGCAGGGCAUUCUUCGACGCUGUUAUUGGCAGAAAGUGGUCGCCAAACGACGCUUAUUUUUUCGUAAUCGGUAGCGCUAACAUUAGAAAUAGGGGCGGGCAGAAGAGUAGCAAGGACGGCAUUCGCAAAGAUGUGAAAACAUUCUUCGAAACGGCCUUGCCGGAUGUAGCUCCAAAGAAGCCGAUCUCACUCCGCAAAGGUGGGGCAAAGCAUUUUAUUGCCCACGACGCCUCACGCAGAUUAGCAUAUCACCAGGGCGGCUGGAGAAAUUCCUACUGUUUAGAUAUCCACUAUGCACCCACUUCCAGCACAGAGCUCAGGAACAUGGUGAAUAUGCACGAGAGCAAAGCCAUAGAUGAUUACAACAGUGUCUUAGCCCUCAGGAAUCUCGACAGCGCACAUGCGUCCUUCAUACACGACGACGACGCGAUCAAGUUUACAGCUUGCAUUGAGAAAAUAGCCUGGGGAAAAAUCUCACUUUCGAGCUUUCAAGAACUCUGCCCGAGGCUUUUCGCUCACGCAGGCGAGGGCAAUUGUGACAUGGCGGUGUGCGGGAAAGUACUGGACUUCAUUCAGAACUGUGGCGAAAAUCUGUACAGCGUAGUUUAACACUCGCCACACAAAAGGAAUCACACCCUGAUGCCCACGCCCAGCAUGGACAUUCUUGUCUCGCUCUGUUCUUCUACCGCUUUUUCGUCCUUCCUUCUCGUCUUCACUGCUCGAGCGACUGCACGAGAGCAAAAAUCCUUGACGAAUGAUAGACUAAGUAUUAGCAAAAAUCAUAACAAGAUGGAACGACCGUUGAUGCACCUCUCGGGCUGGCGCUUUUGGGCCUAUGUCACGCGCAUUUUCGUACAGAAGUGCUGGAUUCUGGUGCAACGCCUGCACAAUGCGCCUGCACUGUUAGCACGAGCCGCUUACGACGACAGUCGUUUUGACUUUGAAUCGUUCAUGCGCACUUACCGGUCCGCGCAGCACUGGUGCUACAUCAUUAAGCUCUACUCAACGUCCGCGGGAAGAGUUUUGAUUCUGUACAUGCUGAUCGAACUCGGCCUCAUCAACGGUUAUUCCCUCCUGUGUGCGAGCGUGGCAUACUUGGUGGCGCAGAAAGCCGAACGCUGCCGGUUCUAUUGUUAUUGACAAUUUACCCGAAUUGAUGUAUUUAGCACCCCAUAUUCUGGCUACCCGACUUUCAAUUUGUCAUACAUGUCAGAGCCGCAGUAAGUGGUAUGGAGGACGCUCCCGUGCCAUUCUCUAGAGCGCCCACACACGUGAUCCAUAUGCUCUGGGGUAGCCCCCGGCUCCUGGAGGGAAAAAAGCCUAGAGCACGGCCCACCCUGCGCACGGGCAUUUUUUGCCGCCCUGUAAAAGCCCAGAUCAAAUGGGGCACGACGAUACGAUCAAAAAAAUUGGAGCACAGAAACAGCUAGUACAGCUGUCACCCCAUGCCUCUUUUAGUGCCUUGCCUUUUUUUCAUCCACAGGGACCUUUGCCACGAUCAGCUUUUUGAUAGUCAGACUUAGGAUGAAUCUCGAGCAUAUCGAUUACUUCGUCAAACAGCCGGUAGACCGGCAGGCGAAGUCAAUGUUGAUGAACAUCAAGGACUUAGGAAAAUCUGAACAAAAUUCGAAACAGCUGAUGGAAGUCAUCACUGGUUUCCGCUGGUGCAUGUCCAAAAACCUCAUUGCCUCCAAAUCCUCCGACCCCGACAAGUUACGUUCCACGUGCGUGACUUUGUUGGAUUGUUUGGAAGCAAUUGCUUCUCGGCAGGCUUGCCAAGGGAAACUCGCGGAAGCGCUGGCGUGCGCGAUGGACAGUGUCCGUAGCCAUUUAAGUGAAAUUUGGCACUAUCCGGCUCAAAGCGAGACGAUGCAAGGAAAGAAGUGGAGUUCUUUGUUGCAGACCCGCAAUUUCGCGCUCACAGCAGUAACAAUGUACCGCGAGCAUCGCGACGCCCCGCCGGCGGAAAUCGCCAAGAUCUUCAACUUAGAAAAGACGAAGCUCAAGAAAAUCCGGAUGUUCGAGCUUAACCUGCGGAAAGAAGGAAAAGAAUUAGCCCGGUUGAGUGACAAAAUGCUGCUGGAAUUGCUGCACCCGCGGGAUCUCCCGGAGCAUCUGAAAAACAAAACCAGAGACUCCUCCAGCGAGUCGUCGUACCCAUCAACCAAUGAUGACUAAUUCAGGUGCGUGGGAAGAUUGGUCGGAGCACAGAUCGCCGCGAGGAACUUUUUUAAUGCUCAUGGACGAGCCAUCGGACGGGCAGUAGUGCGAUGCCUGGAAUUAAACCCAGAGCCGUACUCAAUAUUUUUGUGUGUUGUUUUGUUUUUUCUUUAUCGCAAUUCUUGAUCAACAUGAUUUUGCAUCAGGAUAUCACAAAAAAAUCACAUCACACAUGCCGACUUCUCAUGCGACCCGCAUCAAAAAAUCUCACCACAGGGAAGGCAGCCUGCCACCGAGCCACCAUUCGUCCGACAACGAAGCUGAUGUGAGCAGUGAGAGCUCUGAUGAGGAGAUUGUGAGCCCCCAAGAACCUGUGUUGCGCCCACACAUCGACUGAACAAAAACGAUCGUGAGCAUCACUUUGAAUCUUUGUUGAAAAAAUAUUCUCUUGAGUAUCCUUUUUCGAUACACAAAGAGCGAUAAAGUUGAGUCACCCGAUGAAAAAAAUGCAGGCAAUCAGAAAAGACCGCAUUCUUAUCAAGUUCGUUUGUUCAUCGUCGUCGUCUCUAUUCCGCAAAACUCUUUCUUCUUGUCGCAUUUUACGCAUCACAGUCAUGUUCUUCAAUUCACAUUUAGGCUGAUGAGGAGAUGUAUCAAGUAGCACAAGAGUUGAUCAGGCGCUUGCCGAGAGAGGAAAGGCGCUACCAGGAAAACACUCACAGGAGCGAUAGAAACUUAAGAGCACAGCGUGCGCUUUGCUCUGAUAAGCAAUUAUGUACAAUUCAAACUAACUGGAUAAACAAAAAUGCGUGGCUAUUUUCUCCCGAGGAUGUCGCUCGCGGGCGCGUGCGUCAAGACCUCAGAGAUGCAUGCGCCGACGCGCAAUGUUGUCUAAGCAGGUCCAAUAUUCUCGCAAUUAUUGAGCACGAACGAAGAAAGAGAGACUCCUUUUUUGUUUAUAGACCAGACACAGGAUUAAUAAUGCGAAACCCCUUCUAGAUGCCUCGCAUCGUGUUCGAGGUAGCCAUGUUUUGCGGCUACGAGAUAGGGAGAUCCGCAGCCCUAGCCAGAGUACACGCGCAAGCCGAUCGUCGAGCCGCGAAGAAGCAAAAACGCGAUGAGAAAUCGUUUUGCGGUGUGCAAAUAGGCAGGCUGCCAGAAGUGCACAUUCCGGCACGAGGCACCACGAGAAAAGUGGUCGAAAAGGAUACAGAGCGGCAGUACAACGAGUGCUGGGAAAGCCCCAGGCUGAAUUUCAAGCCGCAGCCACCCGCCGCAGUCUGGGAUCAGCAUCUCCCGCAGCCAGCAAAGCCGCCAAAGCAUUAUCAGCAUGAAAUUGACGAGAUCGACCUCUCCCGCCUGGUGGCGCCAGCCAACGUCUACGGUGACCCGUACGCCUUCGCGCCAGUGUCACCGUAUUCGAUUGAUGACUAUCGCAAAGAAGGCGCACCGAUCACGAGAGAAGAAGUCAGGCCGCUGCUGGCGAAGCAAGAUGGCCCAGACGAUAGAUGGCGAAAAGCAGAGGAUGAUCAAGCCUUUGAAGGUCUGACCAUCAACCCAGCAGAAUGCGUCCGCUACGGCCUCGCACCAGAAGCACUCAGAAAAGCAUGUACCGGCAUAAAGUUCAAGCAGAUCGCAGAACACCUUGACCCCGUCGUGUGCGAAAACUACCCAGCAGCCAAGCAGCACCCGGAAGUGUACAACGGCGAGUUCAAGCGGUUCUUCGAGGACAAGAAAAUAAUUUUGUACGACGUCAAAACCCAGGAAAACGAGGCGGGAGAACAAGCCCAGUUCUGUGACUACCCUCCGGGCCUGACUUGUGUGCCAGGAAAUUUGCUUUUCCAACGCGACGACAAGAUCAGAGUCAUCAGCGAUUAUAGUUCCGAAUGGGCGCUCAUCAACCAGUCGAUUUUUUCCACGGAAGUUGACUACAAGACGUACUGGGACAUGUUCUUGCACUUGAAGCCGAAUUCACUAGGCAGCGGGGUUGAUUUCAAAGAUUCCUUUGGUCACUGGCUAGUACAUACCCGCGUCCGCAGGAUGCUUGGAAUAAAUUUAGAAGCCACACCACAGAAAGGUGGGCAUUUAUAUUGCCCAUUUAGCAUAGGACCGGCUCCUGGUGGUAUCGCAAAAAAAUCAGUGCCCUGUCCUUUGCAUGACCAGGUCCAGCAUCACACAGAGCACUGAUUUUUUUCUUUGCAUACAAGAAAGUGACUUCUUCGUGAAGGCCUUCCUAGCCGCGGUGGCGCGAAACGGCGCAACGUCGCCAUAUCUCGACUACGUGGAUGAUGUUCGCUUCAUCACCAACCCAGUGAACGGACGGCCGAACUACGACAAAGCAAAGUUUGACCUGGAAAGAGCGGUGUACAUUUUGACCAAGAUGGGCAUCAAAAUCCACCACAAAGAAUCGAAGCUAGUCCAGCCGUCCACAAGCUUCCCCUGGCUAGGCAACGUCUUCAACACCGACCCGAGAGUGUACAACAUCAUCCUGGACCCAGCACGCAGGGAAGAGCACCUUAAAGCCGUGAGGGAAUUCAAGCAAAAAGGCAGGAAUAACGAAGCGAAGGCACGUGACGUCGCAAGCAUCAAAGGUAAGCUUGGAUCGUGCGCACUCAUCCACCCCAGAGGUCCCCUGGACGAGCUUAGUCGUGUGCUGGUACAGUCGGGAGCGCCGAAGCAGUGGGCGAAGCUGAGCAAGCAGUUCAGCCCACAGGUGACAAUCAGCGAGUCGGUGUUCGACGACUUGGACCUCUGGGAAGAUUUGCUGCAAGAGGACCACGCGAGGCAGAUGUUCUACAACGGAGAACAAACGUUUAUUUGGUCACGCGAAGUGCUCGCCUUUGGAAAAGCCUUUUUUGCAUCCUUAAGUAGCGACAUGUUUAUAGGCGUUUACAUGGACGCAGCAAAAGGAGACACCAAGGAUUGCGACCAAAGACGCAACAGAGGCUGGGGCGGCACAGUGUCAGACCAGUACUUUGCGGGCGACUUCGAUGACAGCGCUCCAGGUAUAUAUUUGUCUGUAGUCAAAAACUACAAAGAAUAUGAAUUUUCACUUUUUCGCCCGAGUUGACGUGUUUAGCAACCCAUAUUCUGGCUACCCUGUUUUCCCUUUGCCCCUACGUGCAGAGCCGCGUCGGUGGUAUGGGGGACGCCCCUUUCGCCUAGUAUGGUCGCCACUCACUACCAGCAAGUUCGGGGUAGCUACCCGUCCGUCUGGCCUACUCUCCCCUGGACUAGGUCCACCACGCGCACGCCCAAUUUUUUCUCGAUAACGCAAUCAAAGUAUGCACUCUUCGCUACUACAGAGUCCGCCAGCAUCAAUGAAUUGGAGUCCUUGGCAGUGCUUCAUGUGUUGGAGGCCGCGCGAGAGAAGCUUGGGGAAGCCUUUUUUCACAAGAAGGCGGUGUUAAUCAAGACAGACAACCCCACCGCGAAACGCACGACGAACAAGGGUUCCACGUCAACAACGAUUCUGAAGAAAGUCACGCGCGACCUCACCGCUUUCGCUACCGCCUCAGGCACGGAGAUAAUAGCAGGAAAAAUCGCUGGUGAGGAGAACAUCAUCGCGGACGCUUUGUCACGUCACGAAGCCCACUUGUUCGCGUUCAAAGACCCCCUUCCCAGCAAAAUUCUGUGUAAGCGGUCAUGGAGCAUGGUGAUGCGGCAUUUCCCAGGCCUCGAGGUCGAUUGUUUUGCAGAUCAACACAGCCACCGGUUCGCAGAAUACUACUGCGCGAACAGUCAUCCAUUUGAUAACUUCGACCUGUUCUACGAGAAACGAUCGUGGUGGUUCCCACCAAUACAACUUGCAGUAGUAGCCGCCCGCUUCUUGUCGAAUUUCAUGAAAAUCCCGAUGGCACAGAGACCGCGCUUCGCACUGAUGCUGCCCAUGAUCAGCCCCAUGCUCUACAGUCUUGCGGCGAAUUUUACCGGAGUCUGCACCUACAAGAAGGGAGCAAAAGUGUUUUGCACAGCACAUAGCCCGCUGGUCUUUGGAGCAGAGGAAGACUGGGUUUUGCUGUCGUCUGUGUCGUUGCACUUUUGGGGAAUAGAUAGAGAAAAAACAGAGAUAGGCUCACAAAUUACAAAAAUUCUACAAAAGCCUUACUUCCGCCAAUUUCCUGAGUUAGCCAGAAGUAGACUUAGAAUCAAGGACAUUUGUGACGCCAAGGAGCAUUACAUAGUACAUAUAACAUGCUGUGUCCCUUGCAAACCUAAAGGAUUAGCAGCGCAGUUAUUUGCAAGAUUUCCUCUGGCCAACCGCUACUCCGAACCAUACUCCGCAAAACCACUAGGACAAUGGGAAUUGAUAAAUCGAGUAGUAAACAUUUACGCGAUGGUAUGGCCAGGGGCGCCUACAUCCCCAGGAACGAGAAUUCCUCGUCCUACAGACGUUGUACCAGAAGAGGCCUUUACUGAGGACGAUUCAGCAGAAGCCCGACUGUAUAGAUUCAAAAAUGCACUUUGCGACUUCAUUUUAUCACGUAGCAAAUUCGACACCGUCGCAAUCCCGCUUAAAAUCGGCCAAGGCUCCUGGGCCGGUGCCACAAAAGACUAUUGCGCAGUCGUUGCGAAAGCUGUAGACGUUGCCUUUCGACAAGGAACAGAUGUUGCAAUUUAUGAGAAGCCGUACACACUUUGAUUGCCUUCACACAUUUUAUUCUGGGAUACCUUGGAACUAGCGCACAAACUACAGGUUUGUAGCCAGUGCUCCAUAUGUUCUACAUGCCUAGAGUACACAGGUCCUACCAAAAGAUCUAUUCCUCGUGGGAAAAUACGAUCUAAGAUCUCGUGUGUGUGUGACGGGUUCUGAGCUUGUGCGGUCGCUCAGCAAAAUAACUUACGAACCUCUUCUCUACGACAACAAUUAUGAGAUCUGAGGUUUUCGUAAGGAAAUAGUUGAUCGUCAAUUGUGGGAGUUGUCUAUGGUAGUUCGUAAGUCGGGGCUGUGAGCAUCCGGUCACCACACUCACACUUUAUUUUGAAAACCCACCCACCCACACCAAACGUGUUGGCUCUGGGCUUGUGUUCGCCACACUCGGUCAGUUUUCGUAUAUCAAAAACCAUAGAUAGCUCCCUCUCCCGAUUUGUAUAAAUCGUCCAAGCCACUACCCGUUUCACACGUGGACACUACGCGCACAAACUACAGGUUUGUAGCCAGUGCUCCAUAUGUUCUACAUGCCUAGAAUACACAGGUCCUACCAAAAGAUCUAUUCCUCGUGGGAAAAUACGAUCUAAGAUCUCGCGUGUGUGUGACGGGUACUGAGCUUGUGCGGUCGCUCAGCAAAAUAACUUACGAACCUCUUCUCCACGACAACAAUUAACCAUCCCCAUCCAAUUUGUCACGCAAAACAUGCAGGAAAGUCUGUGCUUGUCAUGCAAAAAGUGGAUGGGGAUGGUUAAUUUUCAGGGAAUAAGGGCAAGCUCCGCGACUUGUCAACUUGGGAACAGACCCUCAGCGACUGUGCCACGCAUCUCGGAGAUGAGAAUGUGUCCAGGCGGAUCAGGUUGGCCUGCCAAGAGUUUAAAGUGCGUCUCACCGGAAUGAAUAUCCCGCAGUGCCCGGGCCUGUCCUACCGCGCAACCAGUCAUGUUAUGAGAAUUGAUUUUGAAACAACUUCAAACUCGUCGUCCCGCUCUGCGCUGCCCAAGGGUCGAGUUUUUAUUGAUGUAAAAGUAGUUGUUCAUCAGCAGCGCCGAAAGCUGGAACUGCUUGGAAGGCUUGUUUCUGUGUCGAUAGCGCUGCGUAUGAUCAACAUUCGCCAGCGCUGCAAACAUGGGCAGAGUCCUCAUAAACAACUUGCUUUCUCACUGUCGUCCAGUCGAGUUGUUAAUGAAAAGAAAUGAAUGCAGGAUGGAGCAGCUGGAAGCACAUGCAUUAAAAUUGUCUGGGAUAUGGGGACGAAGUUGGGCUUUCUCAUGUACUUCUCUUAUCGCUGAGGACGACGGCGGGAACCCCAAAAGGGAAGUUGAACAGAAAAAAGACAAUUUUUAUCAAAGACAUUUUGAGCGCGAUAUAUGCAUGUGCAAGAAAUGUUGAUUUAUCGUACACUUAGACUUACCCUUGCGUGCAACACUAACGCAGUGCAUAGCUGCAGAAGCGCGAAUAAAGGGAGGCGGUCACCAAAGUGGAUGAAAAGAACAGUGAGCGUUUUGGUCUUUUUGGAUGAAGUUGCAGUUGAUGCUAACGUAGUUGCAGUCACAUGACGCGCCGCAUAUCAUGCAGUGUCGCUAUGAUGCCGCUUUCUUCUACGUGUACGGUAAUGCUAAAUUUGAAUAGUAUACACCGCGUUUCCGUUUUACGCUCCUGGCCCAGUGUACAUUCCCAGCAUGGUUGGCCGGAAUCAUCGGGACAUUCUGGAAAUGGUGAAGUCGUAUCCUAUGUAAAAAAAUCAUCCUCAGCUGCAGCAAGUUGUCGGAUGAUCAAACCUGGGUGAGGACAGAACAAGAAAGCAUGGGGAUACAGUUGUAGGUGCUUACACGGCAUUCACAUCAACGGGCGCAAAGCGGAGGGUGAUUUUACAUACCAUACAGGGACCUCAAAGGUUAAAAAGGCGGAAGACACCACCUUCUACUCGUACCAACCAUAUACGUUCAGCUUUUCCCAUUACCGUAACGAAGGCACCGGCGGAACGACCAGGAUAAUGUCACUCGAUGACCCUCUGUCGAAAAAGUAUCGAAGGGAAGGAACAAUAAAGAUGCCUAAGAUCAUCAUGAGCCACGUUUAUUUUGCAGCGCACUGACUUCGGCCUCUAUCCAGGAGAUCCUUUGGUGCGUCCAGGUGCGCAGCCGUGUGUGUUUUUCAUGAUGUUUUUCGAGAUUGUUUUUUGGUCUCCGAUGGUACGCAUCAGAGCAUCACAAAUCUUCUUUCCCUUUGUAUACUACCAUAAUGAAGCAGCUGCAUGCUAACAUGGCUAACAUGGGUCUAGUCGAGUACGGUGGAAGUACCAAGUCCGAUCCGGAUGUCAUCGGUGCAAGGUGCAUACGGAGUGAAAAAAUCGAUGCAAUUACGCACUUUUUCGCAAGUUCCGAUCGUCCAAAGUGCGGUAUACGAUGGUAUAUUGCACGAAAAAGAACGGGUAGAAGUACAACAAUGACGAAUUGGCGUCGUGGGCAUCAUUCUAAUUUUGCGGAAACAUCGGAACAUGGCAGCGUGGCUGUUGUUCUUUGCGUCGAAAAACAGCAUUGGUUGCUUUCGGUUUCAGCCCUUUCAUAACGCAAGCAAGAUGAAGGAGCUCCUGAACGAGAAGCGCCGGAUGCGUUCGAGUGUCAGAAAUUCGCGGCGAUACUGGUACAGGAGUACAUUUCAUGUAUAUUUUCGCUCUGGUUGUACUACUACGUCUCAAUCAACAAGAGCAACAAGAAGAACAAUACGCUGAUGUUCAUUCUCGUCAUUGUGGUUGCGCGUACUCUGCUGAAUGCGUGUUCAGAUACACAUGCUGAAAGUGUUGUGCAAAUGUUAAAAGCAACAAGUUGAUCUGCAUAUUUCUAUCCCUCCGACCAACAGAACAUGUUCCAUGUGGAUGGGGAGCCAGCCUGGACGGGAUUGCGCGAAGAGGAGCCGCAGUUACGCGACUAUACCAUGGGAGAUGUAUCGGUUUGAAAUAUCUUGCCCACACAGCACGACGCAACUUGUAGCACCCUUUUAGUUCUUGUAGUUGUCUGCAAUACUGUUUAUGAGUGAAGAUGAAGUGCCUGUUCCGUCGCAGCUUGCAUGAUUUUGAGGCACAAACGUGUCUGAUAUUCGAUUUGUUUACGUAGGUUGUAAACUGUCAACAUGAGUUUCAUCUCGAGUGGCGAACCUAAAGUUGUUGAGGGCAAGGACUGCAUGCUGGAUAGCUCACCACGCAAGUCGAGAAGCUCGUGAAGUCGCAAACAGAUGCGCAGAAGGAGCUCGAAACGCAGCUGGAGCAACGCUACGCGGCCGUGGAAGGUCGACCGGAAUCCGACCGCGAAGCACCAAGACGGGGGAAAAAGUAAAGCACUACCGGGCCGCGGGGAUAGGCGAGAGUCCUUCAUGCAAGGAAAACGCUAGGAAAUAAAGUGCAUCGAAAUUAUCGAACAAACAUGGCGUGGUCGACAUACGCUAUCUAUGCUCUAAAGUUGAACGCUACAACGAGGACGGACCCGGGUUUAGGUGGAUGGUCGUGCAUGCCGUGCGUCGCACACAACGACCGCCACUCAGGCCGGCCACUUGGGAGCACCCACCUGCGGCUGCGCAGCUGCUCUAGUGCAAACAAUGCCGACACUGCAAGAAUAUGAAGAAUAUGAAGCGGCAUCAUGGAGUCUUCAAUGCACCGUAUUCAUUGGCUCAUGCCAUGCGUAACCUUAGUUUUCGUUCGGUAAAAAGUACUAGUGCGGGCGUUACAAUGAAAAGC